AUGUCGGCUGCCUUGCUGCGGCGGGGCCUGGAGCUGCUGGGGGCGCCCGAAGCCCCCCAGGCCGAGCCUGGCCAGGCCAAGCAGAGCGGGGCUCCGGGGAAGCGGGCCCGGAAGGCGAAGGCGACCCAGGCCGGGAAACUGAGGAACUCGGCCAAGGGAAAAGUGCCCAAGUCGGCGCUAGCCAAGUUCCAGAAGCAAGAGUGUCGAAGCUACCUUGGAGUGAACCUAAAGUUUAUGACCAGUGCAAGAAGCACCGUGCCUGAGUCCGUCACCCAGCAGAUUGUGCGCCAGAACCGGGGCCGCAAGGCCUGUGACCGGCCUAUGGCCAAGAAGAAGAAGAAGAAGGCCCAGGGCACCGUGUUCACUGAGGAAGACUUCCAGAAGUUCCAGCAGGAGUACUUUGGCAACUAGGCUCCCAGGAGGGCACAGUGGGAGAGGCACUCCCAGCUUCCUCCUCUGACCUCACAGCCACCCUGGCCCUAGGACUCUGCCAUGCGCAGAGCAGGCUGGGCUGAAGCAAGGAAGCCCUGGAACUGCAGCCAGGGGCAGGCUGGAGUGGAGGUGGUGAGCUGGAAGCCUGAGGGAGGAUUUAAACUCACACUGGAGGGGUACCCCGCAGACUUGGGAGUUAUCUUCCUGCCAGAAAGGAACAUUUCCCACUGUUCUUUUUGCUUUGGCCCAAGUAGGACCUCUUGGCUGUUUGCUGUGGAGAGACCAGUUACUGGGCCCUCGCGGCCACACCUCUAAGAGUAGGAGAGCUGCUGGGUUUGCUAAUAAAUGUGCACUCAGGAGCUGGGUGGGCUGCUGAUCUGA